AUGCUAACCACCGCGAUCACCACCUUCGACGAGUUCACAUGGAACAACGGUGUGCCCAAGCACACCUUCGAGCGUGACGGUACGGAUGCGCUGACGGUCACUCCGACGCCAAACCUCGACUACUGGAGCAAGACGUUCUACGAGCCGCUGCUCGUCAAGCACGACGCGCAGACGUUGCUGAGGCCGGUAGCGGCCGACGUGGAGGCGACGCUCACCACGGCCUUCACGCUCAAGCCGCGGGCCCAGUUCGAUCAGGCUGGCAUCAUGAUCCUGGUCGACGAGGGCACGUGGGUGAAGGCCGGCAUCGAGUUCACCGACGGCUCGCCGCGGCUGUCGUGCGUCGUGACGAACGAGGGCUUCUCCGACUGGAGCACGCAGACGUGGCCCGACUGGGACUCGGCCGCCAAGUCCACGUCGAUCCGCGUCCGCGUCUCCAAGCUGCUUCCGGGCGCAGCGCAGGGCCCGGCGCUCGUCUUCGAGGCGGCGCCGUGGGUGGAGGGCGCGACGGCGGAGAGCGCGGCGCCGUGGGUGCAGAUCCGGAUCGCCAGCCUGCGCAGCGGCGAGAAGCCGUGGCGCAUGGGCCUCUUCGCCAUCUCGCCGAUCGAGGCGGCGGGCUCGUCGACGCGCUUCCACCACGUGCAGCUCGGGCCGAAGCAGGAGCCCGUGCACAGCGCGGACCCGGGACAUGGACCGCAGCAGGAGCUUUGA